GGAGUGUUGGCCUGCAAAAAUUAUGAACAAGUGAUAAAAAAAAACUACGCCGUUGCCGGGGAUCGAACCCGGGUCACCCGCGUGACAGGCGGGAAUACUUACCACUAUACUACAACGACAUUGCUGAUUUGAAGAUUCUAUUUUAUAAUUAUAAUAACUUAACACUAAAGCAAACAUAACAAAUAGUACCUUGGUCAACGAAUCCGAUCAAUUUUUUUUUUACUUGCCCACAAUCAUUUCAUCCUCCCGAACUCAACAAUUCGCCGGAGACGAAGAAGAUUAAGGGGAAUUCAAAUGUCCGAACAGCAGGAUACACCGUCGCAGGUCUUCAUCCUAUCGGGGCAGAGCAACAUGGCCGGCCGCGGCGGCGUAAUCGCCAACCACCACAAAAAGAUCUGGGACGGGAUCGUGCCGCCGGAGUGCGAAUCUCACCCUGCAAUCCUCCGCCUCUCAGCCGAUCUCCGCUGGGAGACGGCGGCAGUCCCUCUCCACGCCGACAUCGACGCGGGGAAAGCGUGCGGGGUGGGCCCCGGCAUGUCGUUCGCGAAUUCCGUGAGGGAUCGGUUGUGCGGCGGCGGUAGCGGUGCGAUUGGGUUGGUUCCGUGUGCCGUGGGAGGGACGGCGAUCGGCGAGUGGGCGCGUGGGGAACAGCUGUACGAAAACAUGGUGAGGCGAGCGAAAGAGAGCGUGAGAUCCGGAGGAGUAGGAACGGCGGAGAUCAUCAAGUGCUUGCUGUGGUACCAAGGAGAGAGCGACACGUCAACGGAGCGUGAUGCGGGCGCGUACAGGGAGAAAAUGGAGAAGCUGAUUUACAACGUUCGUGAGGAUUUGGGCUUACCGGAUCUCCCUGUCAUUCAGGUGUCGCUGGCUUUGGGAGGCAAUAAGUACCUGGAGAAAGUGAGGGAAGCACAACUCUGUAUGAAGAUGGCGAACUUGGUUUGCGUGGAUGCAAAAGGAUUGAAGCUGGAGGCAGACAACAUUCACCUGUGUACUGAAGCUCAGAUCAAGCUGGGCCAAAUGUUGGCUGAUGCUUACCUCAGUAACUUUGUAUCUCUUAAUUCGUUAUCGUCAUCUUCUUGAAUCUUAUCAGAGAGUCGUUUUUGGAAUUGUACACUAUUCGCAUUGCUGAUGCUGAAUUGCAAAUCCAGAAGAACAGAGGAGUUGGUGCCAACAACUUUUAUGGUUUAGUCUCUUCGGUUUCUUUCCAAUGAUUGUGAAAUCGUACGAGAAGUUACAUCGAAAAAGUUAGUAGAAUGGUUUUUUUGUGAUAAAAUUAUGUUUAAACCAUGGUUAUUAGAACCAAAUGCGUAACAAUCUUGCUUUCAUCUUCGUGUACGAAUGGAGUGAAUAGCAAAUCUAGUUUUGACAAAAUCCGCAUACAAUUCAACCCGUCAGAAAGAAGGAAAAACUCGUACAAGAUCUUAAACUUAUCAACACCAAAUUUUAUUUAAACGAAUAUGAUCAUAUUGGAUACCCACGAGUUCCAAUUGAAUUGUCAUCCAUAAUAUUUAAACGAAUAUGAUCAUAUUGUAUACCCACGAGUUCCAAUUUUAUUUAAACGAAUAUGAUCAUAUGGGAUACCCACGAGUUCCAAUUUUAUUUAAACGAAUAUGAUCAUAUGGGAUACCCACUAGUUCCAAUUUUAUUUAAACGAAUAUGAUCAUAUUGGAUACUCACGAAUUCCAAUUGAAUUCUCAUCCAUAAUAUUUUGGUGCACAACAUUACACCCCCUAUCGAGCUAUAAGCUCUGUUAUUGCUUAAUAAUUAAUGAACACUUGGAAGAAUAGACAAAAUAGAAAACAACGGCACCUAACCCAAGUCCACACCACUCACCAACCCAAAAAAGGCAGCAAAGAACAAUUUCGAUAGAAGGCUCACCAACCAAGCCCAGCAGCCCACAGUCGUAGAUUCUGCGCAUCAGAUCUAGAUUCCAAUUUCUCAACUCCAUUCGCCACGUCAGCCACCUACACCCUGCCAAAGAGGAAAACAGCUUUCCCAUUUCAAAUUUCCUGUAACGAGAGUGAAAGUAGGAAGGACAUUUUGGUCUUCACAAUAAUUUUUUUUUAUUCAUUAAAAAGUGAAUAAAAAAGACCAUUUUGG